AUGUCAAACAUUAAAACAAAUCUGUACGAUCCAAACAAACAAAGUAAUAAUAACUAUGGAACUGUCUACGGUAAUCAAUAUUCACCUAUGAAUCAACCACCAUACGAAGCUGGAAAUAUUUAUCCGUCAAAUAAUGCAUCACCACCUUAUACACAAUAUCCUCAACAUUCAUCUGCUUAUCCAACAUCGGGUGCACCACAUAAUGGCGUACAAUCAAUCAAUCAACCCCAAGGAGUUACUGUCGUAUCUCUUUAUCGACAAUCCAGGAAUAAUUUAACAUCAACACCGAUUACGUCUAGCCUACGAGUAUUUCUUGUCAUUUCGGGUAUUCUUUAUUUGUGUUGGGGUGUAUUAAGUGUUGGUAUCCAAAUUGAUCUUAUUGUUAAUUCGAAUUGGACAUAUUAUGUCGGUUUCGUGGCAAGUUUUUCUCUAAUUGGUGGAGGAAUUAUUAUGUUAAUUGUAGCAUAAAGAUUUUAUUCUAUAAAAUCAAUUGAAUUAAAAUAUCAGUAA